AUGGAGAAUAGUAUCAGUAAUUGUCUCUCCGUCUCAGCUUCAAACCUAACCGCUCUUCUUGUGAUUGGGAUCGUCACAGUAUUUGUGAUCCGGGUUUUGUACGUCCUACACCGGAGUGCCCGGCCCCGUCAUCCCAAUUCAUCAAGCCAGCAGCAUCUCAGUACCCUGAUCGUUCUGGGUUCCGGCGGUCAUACGGCAGAAAUGAUCAAUUUGUUGAAUGUUCUUCAGAAGGAGAGAUUUAAGCCACGGUAUUAUAUUGCCGCUGCUACUGACAAUAUGAGUCUUCAGAAGGCCCAAGUUCUGGAAAACUCUUUGCUUGAUGAUCAGGGAGGAAGGGAAAAAGUUGUGGGAUCAGCUCAUUAUAUGCAGAUCUAUCGAAGCAGAGAGGUGGGUCAAUCUUAUCUAACUUCUGUUGGUACCACUUUACUUGCAAUAGCUCAUGCAUUGUGGCUGAUGAUUAAGAUUAGGCCUCAAGUGAUUCUGUGCAAUGGACCUGGAACGUGUAUACCUAUAUGUGUGAUCGCUUUUAUUUUUAAGGUUUUUGGGAUUAGGUGGUCGUAUAUUUUCUAUGUUGAAAGCAUUGCCAGGGUAAAGAGGCUUUCUUUGAGUGCGUUGCUUCUCUACAAACUGCGUAUGGCUGAUCAGUUGUUUGUGCAAUGGCCGCAAUUGAAGAACAAAUAUCCUAGAGCUCAUUAUGUUGGCCGUCUUAUGUAA